UGCAUAUGACCAAUACAACCUUGAAACCUUGAAAAGGAAGUGCGCCGGCCAUUGAAACACAUUUUUGUAGUUGCGGUUUAGGCCACACAGUUGUGGUUUGGUUCUUCCUGCUGAGUAUCACCAGAUACUGUACACCCUUAUAUCUCUGUUUGACUUUCCUUGUGCAUGCAUAUGCAAAUGUGAGUAAAUAAGCCUGAUAUUAAUAAAGCUGCUGUUCCCAUAUCUAGUUUGCAUUAAGUCCAUAAGAGCGGCUUAAGAUAUUAGUUAAUGUGUUACCUAAUGUAUAAUGUCAAAAGCUGCACAUCUACAGUCUCAGACCAAAAGGGAGGAACAGGGAAGAGACAAGGAUGGAAAAAGUUCUUCUGAUCAUCAUCGCUCUUUCAGGGCUGAGCGCUGUCUCCUCACAUGCUGAACGUCAGUACCAUUUUGUCUAUGAAGCAAAGAACAUGUCUGAAGCACAGAGAUACUGCAGAGAGAAACACACAGACCUGGCCACUGUGGACAGCAUGGAGGUUGUGGAGCUCCUGAACAACAUGGCAGGCCACAACAAGCAAUCAGCCUGGAUAGGGCUGUACCACGCCACGGGCAGCUGGAGGUGGUCGCUGUCAGACACAAGCUUCUACAAACCGGGGGAGACGGAGUUCAGACGAUGGUGGGUUGGAGGACCAAACAACUCUUCAUGGAAAAAAUGCUCAAUUAUUAGUUCUAAUGAUGGAAAUUGGGAUGACCUUGUUUGUGACAUACUCCUCUCUGCAGUCUGCUGUGAUGUCACAGGAACGAACGUGACAUUUGUCUCCACUGAAGGCCUAAUGACAUGGCCUGAGGCCCAGAGCUACUGCAGAGAACACCACACAGACCUGGCCAGUGUGAGAAACCAGACAGAGAACCAGCAGAUUGUUGAGCUGUUACACGAACGGGGUGAUUAUUGGAUCGGCCUCUACAGAGACUCCUGGAAGUGGUCCGAUGGAAGUCCCUCCUCCUUUAGGUACUGGAGAGAAAAGGAACCUAACUGCAGAGAUCCUAAUGUUUGUGUGGCUGCAGAUUUCUACAACUCUGGAAAAUGGGAGGACUUGGACUGUGGGGUGAUGAAACCAUUCAUUUGCUACAAAAAAAAUGUGCCUGUUUCAAUGCAAGUGAUAAAGGUGAGGGUGCCGAAACCAAACUCCGGUGUGGAUCUGAACGACCCCGCUUUUCUGGAGGAGAUGUUGGUGCAGGCGAAGAAGAACCUGAGGGCCCAGGGAUUGGACGACAACAUCAAACUGACCUGGAGGAAGCAGCCGGAUGGAAAAGUCUUCCAGAAGGAGCAGAAUCUCAGACCAAACGAGAGGAACAGGGAAGAGACAAGGAUGGAAAAAGUUCUUCUGAUCAUCAUCGCUCUUUCAGGGCUGAGCGCUGUCUCCUCACAUGCUGAACGUCAGUACCAUUUUGUCUAUGAAGCAAAGAGCAUGCCUGAAGCACAGAGAUACUGCAGAGAGAAACACACAGACCUGGCCACUGUGGACAGCAUGGAGGUUGUGGAGCUCCUGAACAACAUGGCAGGCCAAUACAAGCAAUCAGCCUGGAUCGGGCUGAACGAUGACCGAGUCACCUGGAGGUGGUCGCUGUCAGACCCAAGCUUCUACAAACUGGGGGAGACGAAGUUCAGACGAUGGCAUACUGGACAACCAAGCAGCUAUGAGAGUGAACAGUGCACAUUUAUGUUAAAUGGAGCCUGGUUUGGUGAUCCUUGUCAGAAACGGAACUACCUCCGUGCAGUCUGCUGUGAUGUCACAGGAACGGAUGCAACAUUUGUCCUCAUCAACAGCACAAGGACAUGGCCUGAGGCCCAGAGCUACUGCAGAGAACACCACACAGACCUGGCCAGUGUGAGAAACCAGACAGAGAACCAGCAGAUUGCUGGGCUCAUACCUAGUGGUGUUAGUUAUUGGAUUGGCCUUUACAAAGAGUCCUGGAAGUGGUCCGAUGGAAGUCCUUUCUCCUUUAAGUACUGGGCAGGAGGUAAACCUGGCUUGACAGGUAUUAAGAGAGUUUGUGUGGCUGCAGCUUUCAAAGAAUCCGGAAGAUGGUUUGACUAUAAAUGUGCAGAGAAGAAACCAUUCAUUUGCUACAAAAAUGUGCCUGUUUCAAUGCAAGUGAUAAAGGUGAGGGUGCAGAAACCAAACUCCGGUGUGGAUCUGAACGACCCCGCUUUUCUGGAGGAGAUGUUGGUGCAGGCGAAGAAGAACCUGAGGGCCCAGGGAUUGGACGACAACAUCAAACUGACCUGGAGGAAGCAGCCGGAUGGAAAAGUCUUCCAGAAGGAGCAGAAGAAGAAGGAUGAACUUUAAAGGUGAAUUGCUGUGUCGGCUUUUAUCAGGGAAGAUGAAUUCUGUUUUGUAGAAGUCUUCAUGUGACAGAAUACAGCUGCAGCAAAGAGCUGAGUAAUAUUAGUAACCAGAUAAGAUCAGAGACGUAAUGCUUUCUCUAGUUAUGUAUAGUUUCAAAGUUAAUAUUAUAUAUAUAUUAUAUGUUGGGUUUUUUACUGUUGAAUAAGUCUGAUUGACCUGUGGGAGAAAACAAUAACUGGCAAAGAUAUUAUUACAAGUUGUGGGACAUUAAAACAGCCCUUUAAUCAUUUUCUGACAUAUUUUCAAACUAGAUUCUAAAAUAGAGUUUAAAAUCUUUAAAUAUAUUUCCAAGAGAUUAAAAUGUUGGCCCUUGAAUGCAUCCAAAAAAAUGUGUUGUCUCCCUGUAUGUAUUUGUUGUCAUAUAGGAAUGGUUUAUGAAGUAGCUGUAAUCCUUCCAAGAAAACAAACUACAAAUGUGUGUUUUAGCUUCUUAAAUAUGAAGAUUCUAGGCUUUUCUCAGACAUGAUCCUAAUGAACAUGUUGUUGUUGUUGUUGUUGUUGUUGUUGAUGAUGAUGAAAAAAUGCAAUAAAGUAAAGUU